AUGGCUGACACAAGAAUUUUCUACGUGAUGGCCAUGGCAUUGUUGGUGGUCUCAACAAUGGCACAGUCUCCUAAAUCUUCACCGGCGCCUUCUCCGAUAAGGCCACCUCCGGCCGCACAACCUCCAGUUCCUAAUCCUAUUUCUCCUCCGACAACGUCUCCGGUCGCUCAACCGCCGUCUCCAGCAGUGGAACCGCCAGUUUCUGUUCCGGCUCCUUCCGAGAGUACUAAUACCCCGGCGUCUGCUCCAGCUCCUGUCACUGUUAACUCACCUCCGUCUCCUUCUCCAAUGGCGGAUUCUCCGGUUCUGAGCCCUCCCCCGUCGAUCUCCCUGCCACCUUCUGAAGCUCCGGAGCCUGCUGAAAACAGUGCCGCUUCCAACGGAUUCGCUUUUGCUGGUUCUGUCGCUGUUGGUCUCUUCGCUGCCGCUUUCGUCAUGUAG